AUGGCUGAUUUUGAAAAAUCUGCAAAGAUUACCCACUCAUUGAAUGUACUUACAUCAUUCAAUGAACUAAAACAAUCUGACUGCAUUUGUAACUUCACAAUCAAUGUUGGUGACAAAUCUUUCAAAGUCCAUCGAGACCUGCUAGGCGCAGUAUCAAAGUAUUUCAAAGGCAUGUUUUCAAGUAACAUGGUUGAGGCUCGGAAUGGUUUUGUCAAUAUAAAAGACAUCUGUGCUGAUGCUGUAGGGCAGUGUGUAGAUUUCAUGUAUACUGGUGAAGCAAAUCCAUCCAUGGAAUCUGUUGAGAAUACCUUAUAUGCUUCCCACUUAUUGCAGCUUGAUGUAUUAUCAAGUAUAUGCUUUAAUUUCAUGGAAAAUAAUCUGUCAGUGCAGCAUUGUUUUUUAGCGGUCAGGUUGGCAAGAUUUUAUGACCAUACUGAGUUACAAACCAUUGCUGAGCAAUUCAUCGUGGAUAAUUUUGAGUCUCUGAUUUUGGGUGAAGAUUUUUUACAUCUGAGCAAAGAAGAACUCGUAUUUUAUCUACAAAAGCUGGAUAAAAAGCAUGAAGUAGUUUGGCAUGCUGUGAGAAGAUGGAUUUCAAACAAAGGUGAAAAGAUUGGAUCAGAAUUAUUGGAGACUUUGCAUUUUGGAGAGUUUCCUUAUAAUUUUUUGCUCGUUGAUCUCCUAAAAGAUUCUUUAGUAGUAAAUUCUCAAGAAGCAAAAAGUUUUGUCAUCAAAAAAUUGCUUUCAAAUAUCGAUGGGUUGAAUGAGAAUUUGUCUCUCGAAACAAAAUAUUCUUCAGAGAAAAUUAAAUGGGAAGCUGCACUGAAAUGGACUAAACAAAGUCGUCGUCAUCAGAAAGUUUUUUCAGACUUGUUCGAGUUAAUAAAACUUGAGGAUUUUUCUGAUGAUUUUAUUCGUCAAGCAGUCAGGAAUGAACCUUUCGUCAAAGAGUCGCAUAAGUGCAAAGAUUUAUUGCUUGAUAUCGUCUAUGACAGGGCCCCCGUAGCUAAACUGGUGCCAGAUAUUGCUGUCUUAUCAGAUACUGGUAUAAAGGCUCUGAAUCUCCAAACAAAUCAAUGGUCUAGUUUGCAGUCAGAUUAUGAUGUUGGAAUUCAUCUUGUCAAUGCUGAGAGACGAUUGUAUGCUUCAGAUGGGAAUGAAUUGUCUUUGCUACAAGAUGGUCGAUGGAUUAAGAAGGCCAAAAUUGAAAGACUGUGUGAAGAAAACGAUAAGAUGGUUUAUCUCAAGGGUGGGAUUUAUAUUAUCGGCUAUGAUGAGCAUACAGUGCGAUAUGACAUUGCCAAAAACAGAUGGGAUAAAAAUUUGCCUUCAUAUAAUCUUAGUCUUGGUUUUUGUGCUGCUGCCUCUGAUGAUUUUAUAUAUUCGUUGGGAGGUUGGUCAAAAAGAAGAGAAGCCAAAGUAUACGAUCCUGGAACAAAGAAAUGGUCUUUCCUGCCACAGAUGAUUCAUGGAAAAGCAGAUGGUGCAGCAGUCGUUUUUCAAAGUAUGGUUUAUGUACCUGGUGGAAUUAUUGAAUGGAGUGUUAACAACCUUGUUCAAUGUUAUAACCCUGUUGUUCGCUCAUGGACAGAAAUUGCAAAAAUGAAGAUGAAUGGAUUCAGAUUCAGUGCAUGUGUUGUUGAUAAUAAAAUGUUUGCAGUUGGUGGUGCUAAAGAUAAAGGCCUGACUAAGGAUUCUAUUGAAACAUUCAAUGAAGAAACUGAUGGGAAAUAGUCUGUGAAAUGA